UUUUUUUCAAAAAAAAAAAUCGUUUCUUUUUUUUCUUAGAAAAAAAAAAGCUUCUUAUUUCAACGAAAUUUCUUUUUAUGUUUAUUAUAAGAAUUUUUUAAGCGAAACGAAAAAAUGUCUAUACCUACACAAGAAAAUAUGGCUCAAAUGGAGAGGGAAACGAAUCAAGUGAUAGAACCAUCAUUAUCAUCUCCUUCAAAAUUAUCAUUGAUAGAUGAUCAACUGAACAGUCAGAAUGAACUUUUAGGUGUAGUUUAUGGUAUUGGUAUGAAUGUAAAUAAUGUAAUCGGUUCGGGGAUCGUCACUUCUCCCGGUAUUAUUUGGAAAGCUGUAAAAUCUCCUGGGAUCGUAUUAUUAUUAUGGAUAAUUGGUGGAAUUGUUAGCAUGUCUGGUUCUUUAUCUUAUGUUGAACUUGGUGUUAUUCAUAAAAUAAGUGGUGGUGAAACGAAAUAUUUACAAACUGCUUAUCCAACUCCAAAAAAUAUGAUGAGUUAUCUUUUUAGUUUUAUGUUUAUUUUUGCAAUUCGACCUGGUCUUAUAAGUGCUGUUUUACAAUCUGCUGCUCAAUAUUUUUGGUUUACUAUUAAAGGUUAUCGUUAUGAUCAAGAUAUAUUAGAGCAAGAUACUAGUGGUUGGAAUCUUCCUUUUUCUCCAUUUUGGUCUAUAAAAUUAAUGGCUGUUGCUUUAUUAUUUAUUAUAACUUUAUAUCAUAUGCUCAGUAAUAAAUGGGCAAAUUAUAUAAAUCAAACUCUUGCUGUCAUAAAAUUAACUACUUAUUCAAUUAUUGCAUUAGCUGGAAUUGUUAAAUUGAUUUCAAAUUGGCCUGAAAGUAAAAGAAAUUGGCAAACUCCAAUAACUGGAACUACCGAUGUUAAAGAUUAUUCUACUUCAAUUUUAUUGAUUAUGUUUAGUUAUAAUGGAUGGAAUAGUUUAAAUUAUUCUCUUGAUGAAUUUAGAAAGACGGAGAAGAAACUUAUUUUUAGUAAUAGUAUCAGUGUUGGAAUUGUUAUAGUUGUUUACAUUCUUGUAAAUAUAGCAUUUAUUUCCGUUGUACCAGAAGAUUAUAUAGUAAAGAAUAAGAUAAAUGAAACUAUAGCAGCAACAUUUUUUAGUAUAUUAUUUGGGGAAUCAAUUGAAACUUCUAACAAUACUGUUGCAAGAAUUUUUACAGGUUUAAUUGUAUUAUCUGUAAUGGGUACUGCAGCAGCUGAUAUUUGGAGUGGUUCAAGAGUUAUUGUUGCUGCUGCAAAAUCUAAUUUUUUUCCUAUUUAUUCUUAUGAAUUAAGAAGUUGGAAUUAUUAUUUUAAUACUCCUAUUAAUGCUUUAUUGGCUCAAUUUGUUUGGUGUACAUUAAUUAUAUUCUUUGUUGGUAGUAGUUUUACUUUAACAAGUUUUACUUUAUUUUCAACUUUUUCAAUGUAUAGUUAUUGGAUUUUUUAUUUCGCUACUGGUAUAGGUUUAUUGUUGAUUCGAAGAAGAAAUAGUAAAAACAAAGGAUAUCAUGAUGAAGAAAGUUCAUUAAAUACAAAUAAUAAUAAUAAUGAUAAACUUUAUAAAGUACCAUUAUUUGUAGCAAUAAUAUUUAUUUUAGCAGGAUUAUUUAUUUUAACAUUUUCUUUCGUUGUUAAUGAUAAAUGUCCUAUAGAAAUUCAACUUGAUACUACAACUUCAUGCGAUGAUUAUUCAAAAAAGCAAAGGAUACAAAAAUUAUCUCCUAUACUUAUGAGUUAUGGAUUCUUUUUUAUUGCUAUAACAUUUUGGUAUUUCUUAUAUUAUUGGUGGAAUACUUAUAAAAGAGAAAAAAGUAGAAAAUUAUCUUUUGAAUCAGAAAAAAAUUUGGAACUUGAUGUUAGAGAUUUUGAUGAUCAUAAUAAUUAUGAUAAAAAUGAAAAAGACGAUAAAGAUGAUGUUGAUAAAGAUGAUGAAUUUAAAAGUUUUGAUGAUGAUUAUAAAAAAUUUAAUCAAGAAAAAUCAAAUGAAGAAAUUAUUUUAAAUAAUAAUAAUAACAACAAUAUUAUUGUUAAUAAUAAUUAUAAUAAUAAUUAUAAUGAUAAUUAUAACAACAACAACAACAAUAAUAAUAAUAAUAAUUAUAACAACAAUAAUAAUUAUUAUAAUAAUAAUCAAAAUAAUAAUGAAAUUGAAAUAUUUGAUUUUAGUGAAGGACCUUCAAGACCUUCAAAUAAUUCAAUUUCACAAUUUGGUAAUAAUUAUAGUCAACAUUCUUUAAGUCAACAAUCUUCUUUAAAUCGAAAAAAUCGUAAUAAUAAUAAUUUAUCUAUUCAACCGUAA